AUGUUUGAAGAUAAUGAUGAUACACCAGUUAAUUUAACAAUAAAUAAAGCAUAUGCAAAUAAAUAUCAAACAUGGAGAGAAAAAGAAGAAAAACAAAAACUAAUAGCUCGAUAUGGAAGUGAUAUUGAAGACGAUUCCGAUGAAGAAUCUGAAGAUGAAAAUGCUCAGGAAUGGACAAAUGAAGUAGAAAAAGAAUUUCUUCGUUGUUAUUCAAUUCUUAAAAAACGUGAUCCAAAAAUUUAUGAUUCAAAUACAACUUUUUUUAAUCUACCAUCAUCAUCAAAUGAUAAUAAUCAAAUAGAUAAAAAGAAAAAAGAGAAAAAAAUGAAUUUAAAAGAUGCCGAAAUUCAAUACGCUUUUGCUGAAGCUAUGAAUAAAGAUGAAGAUCAUAAUGAUAAUCAUAUUCAAACUAAUGGUAAAAAAUCAAUCAUCGAAGAGCAAGAAGAAAUUAAAAACAGUUUUAAAAAUGCUCUUCCAACGACGGAUGAUGAUGUAUUAUUGACUAAAAAAAUUAAAACUGAAGCAGAAAAAGCUAAAGAAGAAGAAGUUUAUAUUGAAUGGUUAAAAGGACAAAAAACUGAAUUACCUGAUUCAUCUAUUAAAUCAGAUUUGAAAUAUUUACAUGAUUAUUGGAAUGAUCCAUCAUUAUCGGAACGCGAUCGAUUUUUACGUGAUUUUAUUCUAAAUAAAAUGCAUUUACAACAUGCUGAUGAUGAUGAUGAAGAUGAUGAAACAAGAAUUCCAUCAUAUGAUGAAAUAAUCAAUCAAAAUGAAGAUGAAGAUGAAGAUGAAGAUGAAGAAUUUGAAAAAGCUGAAGAAUUCGAACGAAAAUAUAAUUUUCGUUUUCAAGAACCUGAUUCGGAAUUUUUAAAACGAUAUUCACGAACCAUUGAUGAUAGUGUUCGUCGAAAAGAUGAUCGACGAAAAUUAAAACGUGCAGAAAAAAAACAACGAAAAGAAUUUGAACGAAAACAAAAACUUGAAGAAAUUAAACGUUUAAAAAAUUUAAAAAAAAAAGAAAUUUUUGAUAAAAUGAAACGUUUAAAAACUGUUGCCGGUGAUGAAGAUUUACCAGUUAAUAUGGAUGAUCUUGAUGCAGAUUUUGAUCCAAAAGAAUACGAUCGUCGAAUGCAGGAAUUAUUUAAUGAUGAUUAUUAUCAAAAAGGUGCUGAUGAAAAAGAUAAACCUGAAGUAUCCGAUGAUGAACUUCAAGUGGAAAAUUGGGAUAAUACUGAAGAAGAACAAGUAUCAAAGCCUGUGCAAUUGAAUAAUCAAGAAGAACAGAUAACAAAGAAAUCGAAGAAAAAAUUAAAAUUACGUCAAGCUAUUGCUCAAACAAAACCAACGUUUGAUCCGAAAGAAAAAUCUUUUGAACAAUAUUUUGAUGAAUAUUAUAAACUUGAUUGUGAAGAUUUUAUUGGUAAUACACCUGUUAGAUUUCAAUAUCGACAAGUUGAACCGAAUAAUUUUGGUUUAACUGUUGAAGAAAUUCUUGCAGCUGAAGAUCGAGAACUUAAUGCAUGGUGUUCAUUAAAAAAAACAUCACAAUAUCGAUCAAAAGAUGAAGAACUUCGAGAUUAUCAUGUUUAUAAAAAUAAAGCAAAAAAUAUUGAAAAAAAACAAAAAAUUUUAACAAGUGUUUAUCAACAAAAAAAUGAUAAAGAUGAUAAUGAUGAUGAUAAAAGGUAAUAGAAAUUUUUCUAAUUAUAAAUCAAUAUUCUAUAUACAUUUAGAGAAUUUAAUUCGAAAAUUUUUAUUUUUUUUUUUAAUCACUAUCUAUAUUCAAAAUACAUAGAAUUUGUUAAAUUUUUGAAAGUUUAGAUUUAUUCUAUAUGAUGCUCAUAGAAAAUACUUAAAAAGAAAAAAAACAAAAACAAACAAGAUUUUAUCUCGUUCAAAUGUAUCUUCAAUAGACUUUUGAAUAAAAAAAAAAACUUAAUAGACAAAAACAACAAAAAAAGAAAUGCAUAAUCAUUUAUUGCAUGUCAUUAUAACAAUGAUUUUCUUUAUUACUUUAUAAGGUCAUAUUGUUAUUUUUCAUUUUGAUGAAAAUUAAGCAUUAAAUUUGAGCAUCUUUUACACAACCAUGUAUUUCGCAAAUAAGUUAUAAAAAAAAUUUUGUUUUUUUUAAAUUUUCUUUUGUUUCAAUGAUUUUCAAUCGCUCGAUUUGCUGAUAAAUGAUGA